CGACUGUGAUACACAGGCAGCCAUAGAGUUUAACCUCUUGGUGUCUGUCCAGUAUUUGGUUGCUUUUACCUGCGUACAAUGGGAGCGGCAUCGUCGUUUCUGUGCACCCAGGCCGACGCCAUUCCGGGUCAGCUCAUUGCCGGUACAUUGCCUGCCGUCCGCCACUGCAUCGUGUACGGCAAGGAGGACGGCACAUUGCGCGAAGAAACGCAACAGCUACCCACAGUUACCGACCAAUCGGAUCACGUCUGGGUGCGUGUCCACGCCGUUGGACUUAAUCCGGUUGACGCUAAGAACGUCGUCGGCGACAAGUUUCCUCACCACUGGCGCAUUGUGCGUUCCUGGGUCCGUUCCGCCUUGGUCGCCGGCACCAUUCCUGGAUUUGAUUACGCUGGUACCGUUGCGGCCCUACCGAAGCACGGACGGGCCCUCAAGUGUAACGCUGACGAUCUGCCGGCUUUGAAGGUUGGGGACGCUGUCUUCGGGACCAUGCCAGCUUUGCAAGGUACCUUGGCAACCUAUAUUGCCGCUCCCCGGCACCAAAUGUGGCAUAAACCAGAGAGCCUUUCCUUUGUCCAAGCAGCCGCCUUGCCCUUGGUCGGACUGACGGCCUACCAAUGCUUGCAGCCACACAUGGCUUUUCGCAAUGAGAAGGAUGGUGCUUCCAAUGCGUCCGCAUCUUCGGUGCUUGUUGUUGGUGGAAGUGGCGGUACCGGUCACGUGGCGAUUCAAGUAGCCCGCAAUCUCGGGGCCCGUUGCGUGACAGCGGUUUGUUCCACGCGGAAUGUGGCAUUUUGUCACCAACAGGGUGCCACCUAUGUGGUCGACUACACCGCCAAUGGCGGAGACAAAGAUACGUUGCGGCGGCAUUUGCUCGAGACCGGUCCCGCUUGUCCGUUCGAUAUCGUGCUGGAUUGCGUCUCGUCCGCUGAUCCCCGUGAUCAACAAACCUUUUCGUACCGCCAACUGCUGCAACAAGAUGUCCAUAUUCAGAAGCUUUUGAACGAAGCCGCUGUGUAUCGUCGUUUGGGUGGACCGUCCCUCGAUUGGCUCCGGGCCGGGAUGGAACAGAAGCUUGGUUGGACGGGUGUCUGGAAGUACACAACCACCAAACGGAAUUCCAACGACGACCGCUUGUUUUGGAUUCGGUUUCCCCAUACGUCGUUACAGUUGCAAGCAUUGUCUAUCAUGGCCAAUCAGGGCCAGCUACUGCCCAAAGUGGAAAAAGUGUACAGCUUCUCCGCCACCGACGUUGAAAGGGCCUUUGACGAUUUACUGUCCCGUCGAGUUCGGGGCAAGAUUGUGGUGGAAUUGGUCAAGGAGACCGACCAGCAGAAAGACUAGUUUGUUACUCUAGUUGCCACAGCAUAGCGAGUAUUUCAUCCGUGGAUGGCUUAUGGAAUUGAAACAGGCAAAACGAGAACGAGGUUUUACGGAUUGUACUAUUAGAGCAUCCAUCGGACGGAACAGGGUGCGGAAUGCUUCUAACCACGUUUGCAGACGAAAGGCAUGAAAAACAUAGGGAUCGAUGAACCGAUAUCGAUCGCAAAAGAAGCGUCCAAGUCCAGCAUCCCUUUUUGACGAUGACUACAAAGAUGGAAAAAGGGGUUUUGUUUCGAGGAAAUAUGUGACAGACGAAUUCUCCGCUCAAUGAAGAUAGGAACAGGGUGUUUUGUCAACGCGGAGUGUUCUCGACUGAUCGGUUGACACAACACAUACAGUAAGCGAAUGACUGCCCUUAGUGACACGCGGGUACAUUUGUGGUCGUGGAUGCUCGUCCUCUUCGGAACGAUACCCUUCACAACUAUAAGGGGGUACGCAAAUGAAACAGGGUACGGCAACACAGGGUCAUGUCCUGAAAUGUCGGGGUCUGGAGUUUGCCGGCGUAAAACGUCACCAUAGGUGACAAUGUAUACUCCGAGGAUACCCAAACUCGGGAUCCGGUGUCUACCCAACAAGGAAUCACUCGAUUUGCUAGCUGAACAACGGGUCAAAGUCUGAUCACGGUUCUUCAAUAUUUUGUUUUCAAUUUGAUUUUUACAACGGUGACAGAGCGAGCAUCGCUUUUCAUCAUAAGUAAUGUUUUCCUCGAUCGCGUUUUUUUAGGAUUAUUGUGUCAAGCAGGAACAAUUGAUUACAUCGGCCGAUAUUCUGGUACAUGAUUCUACACCCGUCUACGAAGGCUGCGAACUGGCGCUCCCCACAUGCUCAUGAGAAUGUCCCCAGCCCCCUUGGGUCUCACACAACAAUCAAAAACUAGACGGAUUUGCACCCAC